AUGUGGAUUGAAUGGUUUAUUCGAUGUUCGAAAUCAAUUAGUAAUUGGCCAUUAAGACUUUUUUGUGAUGAAUGCAAACGACAUCGUUAUAUGCUUUCAUUUAGUCCACUUUUAUUUAUUAAUAAUCGAAAAAUUAAUAAUAUUUCAUUCAAUAAAUAUGAUUGGAAAAACAAUGAAAGAAAAUAUUAUAGGAAUAAAUAUCAUACACAAUCAACUUUAUUAGCUUCAUCAAUUAUUGGUGCUUUAACAAGUGCAGCUGUUGUAUUUUCAUGGAAAAAUGAUGGAGUCAGUGAUGAAGAAUUACAACAAGCAAGUUCUGAUGAAUAUUUACUUAAUAUGACGCAUAGCCAAGUUGAUGAAGCUUUACUCUCACUUGGUUGGGAAAAAAUUCUUCGAAAAGAUCAUUUAUUACUUUAUCGUAAAUAUGAUAAGGAUUUACAAGUUUAUUCAUAUAAAAUUUUCGGUACAUUUAAUGAUAUAUCUGCAAUAGUUUUUCUUCAAGUACAACUUGAUCUUGAUUAUCGAAUGAAAUGGGACGAUCAUGCAUUACGUUUAUCUAUAGUUGAUACAGAUGAAGAUACUCAAAGUGACAUUGUUCAUUGGAUACAAAAAUUCCCAUUUCCAUUAAAUAAUCGUGAUUAUAUUUAUGUUAGACGUUAUUGUCUUGAUAUAUCAAUAAGUACAUCGCCGAAAAUUAUUAUUAAAUGUCAUUCAACUAAUCAUCCUAAUGUUCGUAAUGAUACAAAAUCUGUACGAGUUAAUAAAUAUGAAUCAUCAAUGAUUAUUCAAUCAAAACAUAAACUUGAUGAAAAAGGAAUGAAAUUUUUAUUAACAUAUCAUGAAGAUGCAAAAGCAUCGAUACCUACAUCAACUUACUCAUAUUUAGCUCAAAGUGGAAUUCCUGAUUUUGUAGAAAAAUUACACAUUGCAGCUAAAAAACUUCCAAAAUAUAAGAAUAAUCAGACUAUAGCAAAUCAAGGCAUUACUGAUCAACGUAUGGCAAUGAAAUGGGUUCAGGAUAAUAUUGCACAAUUCGGAGGUGAUAAAAAUUCGCUUACACUUAUGGGUGAAUCGGCAGGAUCACAUUCAGUUUGUGUUCAUAUCGUAUCGUCAUUAUCUGCUGAUUUAUUUCAUGCUGGUAUACUUGACAGUGGAUCGUGCGAUAGUUUAUCCUCUUUGCGUGAUAAAUCAUUUGCUCAUUCAACAACAAAGGAUCUUGCAUUACUUGUUGGCUGUAAUAUGACUGAUGCAGUUCAACAACUAGCUUGUUUACGAGCUGUCAAUAGCACUUUAUUGGUAGCUUCUAUAGCUAAUGUGUCUAUUCCAUUGUCAACAUCAUUAGCAUUUAAAGAUCAAGAGAAAGUUGGUGGAAUUUUUCCAUUCACUUUGAUCGUUGAUGAAAUGGAAAUACCUGUUCAUCCACUGAAAGCUUUUCUAUCAGGAAAAGUUAAUCAAGUACCCAUAUUAACAGGAGCGAAUCAUGAUGAGUUUCUUUUGCGUACGCUGUAUGAAGAAUAUUUUCAUCCACCAACCAGUACUGAAGAUUAUUUGACUCGCAUUCUACCAAUUAUGACGUAUAAUGAUUCUAUACUUCAAGCAUUAUAUGCUCCAAGUCAAUUCAGUGGCAAUUAUUCACAAGCGUUUGUCGCCUUAUUAUCUCAAGAGAUCUAUCUCUAUAGUGCUCGUCGUAUGGCUGGAUACAUGUCUGAACAACCGACAUAUUUGUACACGUACACUCAUGCACCAGAAUUUUAUUGGUUGACAACACCAAACUUAAUUAUUUGGUCUCGUGCAUAUCAUACAGCUGAACUAUUUAGUUUGUUUCAAACACUGGCUGCUUCACUUUAUGGAGAUAAUAUUUUCGAACCCGAUGAAUUAUCUUUGGUCACAUCUCUUCGUCGAUAUUGGACAAAUAUGAUAACAAAAGGUCAACCUAAUAAUAAUGCUAGUUUAACAUGGCCUGAAUAUUCAUCUAACAGUGAUCAGGUUCUAGUACUGAAUAACAAUAUGUCCAUUACGACCUUCAUUAGAGUUUAUCCUAAUUGUAAUCUUUUAUCGAAUGUAAAAGUUAAAGUUUUCGGCGAAUACCUUGGUUUCAAUGCUACAUGUACAGUAAGAAAAAAAUGCUUUAUUAUUAAUUCUACAACAAUCACUAGUUCAACUACAAGGUCUGAUUCAACUGAAAGUACCAGCUCAAGCACAACUACCGGUUCAAUUAGUACUACCAAUUUAGCACCUACUAGCCUUAAUCUACGUUGCUGUCAGCUUAAUUUAAUUUUGCUUCUUUUCAUGUUUUGUAUUUUUAUUUUAACCUACUAA